CUUCCAUAGCAACUUCAUCUGAUGAGUGUAUUAGGAUUUCAUUUUCAUUUAUCCACACGGCUGAUUCGUCUUGUCCAAGUUUUUUUGUUUGGUUAUACCAAACAAGACGAAGACAUCCUCAUGGACAUCCAGAAAAUUCUUAUUUUCAGGCCUUGAAGAAAAUCGGAGGGCUCGGCAUCUCAUCAGCAAUUUCAUAUCCACAUCAACCACCUUUUGAUAGUGGAAUUUGAGUCCCAAAGCCGUCCUUUCUACUCCGUUUCCGAACCCCGAAAGCCUUCUUGAUAUCAGACUUGAUCCGGAUCCGAGCCCUUGACUUGCAUUAGAAUCUUCUCGUGCUUGUCCUCUCCAUGACAAUUCCUUUGAAGCUUUACAAUUUUAGCAUGGCAUCUGGAUUACGAUGGGAAGGGGAAAAGCUUUGGAUCUCUAGGCUAAGUUGAUGGUCAAUGCUCUGAUACCCAAGCUCAGUUUCAUGUCAUGCAUGAACCUCUCAGCUAAGAUGAGGAAAGUAAUUUGACUAAGCUCUGCCACUUUGCAAGCAGCAUCGCAACGGCAGAGUUACCAAUCACCAGCUGUAACGAGAAGACAUCAAUUGCCUCACUCUUUUGACACUCGCCUGGCACUGUGUACACUCCAAUUACUUCUGUCAAGACUUGCCAUAUCAUUGUUAUUUCCUACGUCUGUCUGCUAUACCUAACUGCUCCCUAGAUAUCUCGCUUGUCCUACUCCUACUCUGCAUGCUUUCACCUAGAAUGGAGUUUCGAGGAGGUCGACCGCUUUCAUUGAAAGCAGUGACAACGAGAUGAUCUCACUCCUGCGGCAAACAGACAGAGAGCCAAGUUCGUUGAACUGAUUGUCUGAACAGAGGAAAGUCUUGGCAGCCGUUGCUUCCUAAACCGGAAGCUUAAGCUCGCGUCCACCUCUCAUUCCUGCCUCAUUCACUUGCCUUCACUUCACGCUAUUUGACCAUGAGAAACUCAACCUCGCGUCGCUGCCUUUUUGGUAUCGUCCAUUCUUCCGUUCCAUACCGCUCUCCUUCCGUCAAUCUCAGCUUCCACAUCAACACCAACACUCCUUCAACGCUGACCAUUACCAUUUGAGUCGCGUCUCACACUUCUUGCCUUCCCUUCUCUCAUGAAGACCUUUCGGUCUGCUUCGCAUGCCAACCAUCACUGUCCCGUAAGGCUCUCUAUCCAACAUGGCCACAUACGGAAAGAAGAAGCGAUCUAUUCUACCCUCGUUCUCUGUUCUUAGAGACUCGGACAACGAAUCCAAGCCAAAGAAAGACAAGUCUAAGAAACGAGGCUCGAUGGCAUUCUCCAUGCCCACGUUCCAUGAUAGCAACUACAAGAAGGAGUCCCCAUCAACCAAUCAUGAUGAUAGCAUCGAGGAGAUGGCCAGCAUUCUGCUAGAUGACACUACCAUGGAUCAACUCAGGCCCGAGGGCGGCAAACGCAUGUCACAAAGUGCAGCUUCAAAGGCACUCCCAGGCUUGCGAACAGAAUCACAAGAUGGUAAGAAUCUGCCACAACUGCCCAAGCUGGUCUUCAAUGGAGAUGAUGCCUGGGCGAUGAGAACAGCUCCCGUUGUCACAGCUGCGGGAAGCUCAAAUCAGAUCGAUUUCAACGAGGAUAAAUCUCCACCUUCAACCUUGUUGAAUCGACUUUCCGCUCAUGCUAGAAAGUCCUCGAUCCCAGAGAUUCCACGUAGAUCAUCAAAGAGGAGAUCUGGACGUCCAAAGAGCAAUGUUGGCCCACCUCGAGCUGAAGCAGGUGACCGUCGAAGAAUUGCGCAUGCUUCCCGACAGACUCUUAAGAGCAGCACAUCUCCACCCCGGCCAAGCGACUCUUCCCAGCCAAAGCAAUCCGGCUUCGUAGCAGCAGAUAUUAAUGACAAAAUCGAAUCCAUGAUUGCAGCCACAAAGGCCUUAAAACCUGGUAGCGAAGGAGCGAUACUGCUGGGACCGUUGGUUCCUACCAAACAGCGACGUUUGGCGGACAAUAAAAUGUUGUUGAAGAUGAAGACUGCUCUUAAUGAUCGCCUCAGCAGGCGGAAUACCAAGAAGCGUGAUUCUAUGCUCAAUGAUAAGCUGCUUGAUGCGUCCCUCAACGAGGUGCAAGAUUUCGAGGAGGAGCUGUCUAUUUCAGCCAUCGCGUUGACAACCAUGGAACUUCGAAUGAAUGAAGGUGACAACUUCAAGAAUCCCAAGAUCUAUACUCUCACUGGCCAUGGCAACGUUCGUCGCAAGCCAUUAGCCGACGACGGGAAGUCUCUGAGAAGCCGCAAAUCGACCGAUCAUCCUGACGAUCCAUUCUCAGAACGUCCACACUCUAGUAGUAUCACUCGCACACCUACCAGUUUUGAAAACAGACUUAGAGACGAUAUGUCCUUUGACCAAGGCAGCGAGUUCAUCCCAGAUCUGCCAAGUCGAUGCCACACGCCCAAGUUUACCAGAGAGAAAAAAGCCAGAACUUCUAUAUACGACGGAGACUUCGAUGCUAUGCUGUCUUCAAGUCCAUUCGCCCAGUCAACUCCGCGAAUCCGUCUUGAGCCGACGUUUAAAGAAGAUGGAAAGAAGAUGCUCAUGCACGUUCCAGCGGAUACGCGUUCCCUUUUUGACAGCGACCAGAUGGAUAUCGACAGUGACACCAUGGGCAAAGCCUUAUCACCACAAGAGCCGGCGAAGCGGAAGAACUCUCUUGCCAAGGACUCGGGAGUCAGAUACCAUUCCUCAAAGAAGGUAAAGAAGCAUCCUUCUCCAAGCAAAGCUGAACUGGAAGGAUUGGAGAGAGCACUACAGAAUUUCUUGCCACUCAACCCCUCUGAGGGGUUUCCUCCUGUUGAUGAUGUUUACCCGGUCGGGGAAUCGUUAGCACCAGCUGCUGCACUCGCCCCCAAAGACCCGAACAGCAAGCUCCAAGACACCAAGCGUCGUGGCAUGAAGCUCGGAUCUCUCAAAACCACUGAGUCGAUGCCAAUCCUCUUACUGAGCCGUCCAAAGAUAUUCCAACCAGGAUCCCCACGCACAAAUAUUGUCCCUGCUGACGGCGGUAAUCAAUACAUGAGCCACAACAACCUUGCGGACAGGAUGGAUUUGGAUGAGUUGCAAUGGGAUGAUACCGCAUACAAUAUAGGCAUGAAGAGGGUCUGAUUGUUCGCCAGAGUCGGUUGACAUUAUAUCUUGCGAAACGAAUGUUACGGGCUAGGGUUUCUUUGAUCGAAUGUUUUUUCUUUGCUUAUCCUCACA